AUGUCCUAUGAUCUUUUCGCGUUCGAAAACUCCUUCUUUUCCGAUACAUUCCCCACGUUCACGGCCGACCAGGCUUUCGGGUUUCUACAAGAAAUCCACGACGAACAAAUUCAAGAAAACGUUAACCCGGUUAACGAAAUGGACCAAAUGGCAUCCGAUUUGCUGGAUAAAACAGAGUACAGUAUGAAAACAGAGGAAUGCCAGGUCAGCCUCAACGACUUUUCCGGUUUCGAAAACUGCUCUUCGCCAAAGGGAUUCGACGGGGCCUACACGGGCUCCGCUAAGUUCAUUCAGAGAAGUUACAGCAGUAAUUUCGAAGACAAGACGACGAGGAAUAUCGAGUUUCAGCCCCAGAACCCACCCCAGUUGGGUUCUGUUUGGGAGUCCCAGAAUUUGCAGAGACAAAUUCUGAGCUCGCCGGUAAACGGGUUUUCCGGUUGUGGCGGUCAGAUGAGGAGGGUUUGCAGUGCUGGCGACUUGCAGAAGGCAAAAUCAAUCAUCCAAACAAGAGAUGCAACGCUGUCGACAGAGAAGUCGUCGAUGGAGGAUUCAAAUUUCAAGGUGGGACGAUACAGCGCGGAGGAGAGGAAAGAGAGGAUCGAUAGGUACAGAGCCAAGAGGACUCAGAGGAAUUUCAACAAGACAAUUAAGUAUGCAUGCCGGAAAACACUAGCGGACAACCGGCCAAGGAUACGCGGCAGGUUCGCCCGAAACGAUGAACUAGGAGAGAUUCCUAAAGCAUCAAUCUUCCAUAGAUAUGAAGAUGAAGAUGAUGUUUGGAUUGAAGGAUUUGAAUAUGACAAUGGACUACUUGCUCAUCAAAGGGGAAUGUUUUUCAACAUUGCUGGCUCUUCUCAGUGCCAAAAUUAUAGCUUAUGA